GUGCCCGCUUACAGCGUGCCGCAGACGCUCGCCUUCAGCUUCCUGCAGAUGGGCUGGAUACAGCACCUCGCCAAGCUGAACGUCCAGAACAUGCGGCUGUGGUUCAACAAGCAGUUCGACGAGCUCAUGAACCUCAAGAAGCGGGAGGUGGGCCUCGUGGAGGAAAGGAACGCACGCCUGCGGUUUAUUAUCGAUGAGCUAAACAAGCUGUCGGACCUCCGCGGCAGCUUCCACCACCUCAUCAUCGAGAUCAAGGACCCGCAGUGGCGGCAGGAGGAGCAGCCGUCGAAACUGAUCAAAGUCGAACCAGAAGAAUGCAGCAUCGAGCCGUACAUCAGCCCGAGCCAGAUCGUGGUCAUCCCGCCGGACCCGGGGCCCAAGGACGACUUCCGCGAGCGCGCGCUCAUGGACAUGAUGGACGGCGUGCUGGAGAAGCUCUGGCACGAGGAGAUCAAGAAGCCCAUCCCCAUGCCGCAGUGCAUGCUGGACAAAGACCCGGAGCACUUCAACGAGGACGACCUGCGGCUGGUGUUCGACUACGAGGCCAAGGUGCGCUUCCGCAACGACGAGCGCGACAAGUACCGCAAGAUGCUGCACGCCGAGUACGCCAAGCUGGCGCAGGUCCUCAACGAGGGCGUCGUCAAGUUCAACCAGCGGGUCGGUGCCAUGUAUACUACUAAUAUACGUACUCAAGUACCGCACGAUGCUGCAGCCGAGUAUGCCAAGCUGGCGCAGGUCCUCAACGAGGGCGUCGUCAAGUUCAACCAGCGGGUGAAGGAGAUGUGGCUGACGAAGCUGCAGGUGGACUCGGUGAUCGGGCAAGAGAACCUCAGCCUCAUGCGCCUGCGACGCGCCAACCUCGACCGCGUCGAGGCCGCCGAGCGCCUCGAGGACAUGCGUGCGGAUAUAGCCAAGUACGAGGCGGAAGUGGAAACGCUCCAGCAAGAGUUAGCCGAUAUCCAGACGCAAAGCGCGGAGUGCCAGGCGGCCUACGACGCGCUGGCCGCCAAAGACAAGUACAUGGAGCGCUCCUUCAAGAACCACUUCGCGGAUCUCUCGCCAAUCAUCGUCGACCAGUGCUACAAGGUGUUCAAGAAGCGGCCCAAGUGGCACCAGCGCGCCACAACCACAGCGGCCGCGCUGCACGAGUUGGCGGCUAGCGUCCUGGCGUCGCAUCGGCCCGUGCACAUGCACCCUGACUGCGUGGAGUAUUACAAAGGCGUGGAGCAGCUGGACCUGAUCAGCAACAUGCCGCCGGUGAUGGACGAGGCGCUGUGGGCCACCAUGUGCAAGCUGCGCCGCGCCAAGAUCGAAAACGAGAUACGGAUGCGCGCGCUAGUGCAAGAGACAGCGUUCGUGGAGAGCGCGCAGACGGGCUGGCAGAAGGCCAUCCAGGCGCGCCGCGGCCACCUGGCCAGCACCGCAGACCUCAUCGUGCAGCACCGCGAGACCCAGGAGCUGUUAGCGAGGAACAAGACCAUUCAGUUGGUGCUACCGGCGGGGCAGGUGGAGAUCAUGACCACGGGCCACAUGGAGGACUUCGAGGACGCCACCCUCAUACUCAAAGAGGACAUCGAGAAAAUCAACAACGUCAUUCUGAAAGUGGGCGAAAUGAAGCUACGCAUGAUGCGCAAGCAGAUGGAUUUCCGCAAAGGCAUACUGUCCACGGAGUGGCAGCACGCGCAGGCCAAGAUGAAGCUGCGCCACAUGACGCAAGAGCUCUACUCCUACCAGCGGCUCAAGAUCCCGAAAGAGCUUCAGCUGUACUUGAAGAACAAGGAGUUAGGCUACACCGAGGAGCAGGACUACGUGCGCAUGGAGAAGGAAAUGGAGGCGUCCAAGAUGUCCGUCAACAAGCUGCUGGCUGAACAGGUCCGCCGCGUCGAGGAGCUCGAGGUGAAAGUGAACAAGGUGACGGCGCAGGCGAACGCUCUGGAGAAGCUGGUGGUGGCGCUCAACGUCAAGGUGUCGGAGAAGCGGCUGCACGAGGACCCGCUCGAGCCCAUUCGCGUGCGACGCAUCUUCAAGCGCAGGAUGGAGACUCUCGUGAUGCGCAGCCAGCUGAUCCGCGAGGUGCAGGCCAACCACACCAGCGUGGUGCUGCUGCAGACCGAGCUCGAGCUGCUGCGCCUCAAGACCUACCCCACGCUCGCCAGCUUCCGCACCUUCAGCUAGUCUCGCGUUGCCGUCAGCUAAAAGUGUGUGCCGUCAGCUAGCCGCGUGUGCCGUCAGCUAGCCGUGUGUGCCGUCAGCUAGCCGCGUGUGCCGUCAGCUAUCCGGUCCGGUGCCGUCAGCUACCCGUGUGUGCCUUCAGCUAGCCGAGCCUGUGCCGUCAGCUAGACGGGCCUGUGCCGUCAGCUAGCUAUAUCUGUGCCGUCAGCUAACUGGGCUUGUGCCGUCAGCUAUCCGGGCCGGUGCCGUCAGCUACCCGUGUGUGCCUUCAGCUAGCCGCCCCUGUGCCGUCAGCUAGCCGCCCCUGUGCCGUCAGCUAGCCGCGCCUGUGACGUCAGCUAGCCGGGCCUGUGCCGUCAGCUAGCCGCGACUGUGCCGUCAGCUAGCCGCGCCUGUGCCGUCAGCUAGCCGCGCCUGUGCCGGCAGCUAACCGUGUGUGCCAUCAGCUAGCCGCCCCUGUGCCGUCAGCUAGCCGAGUCUACCGUCAGCUAGCUGUAUCGGUGCCGUCAGCUAGCCGGGCUUAUGCCGUCAGCUAGCCGCGCCUGUGCCGUCAGCUAGCCAGCCAGUCCCACCCAUGUUGUUAGCAAGAGCUAGACCUCGAUCAACUGUGUCCACAAAAACUGUGCGUAAGUUUAAUGCAACUUUAUAUUGUCUUAUUAUCUUAGGAAUCUUCAAUGAUAAAUUAAUUAAUUCAUACAUGCAUGCAUGAAUAUGGAUAUAAACAAAACUGGGACUGGGCCUGAUGAUUUAUUACGCUUUUUGGAAUAAAGGUUAUGUGGGAAGUUCAACAUGAAUAUUAUGUAUUAACAAUUUAAGGUUUUAUUUACUUUAAUAUAGUAUUAUAGAGCUACUAUUGUUUGCUGUUUCGUAAUGAUUGUGCCGUCCAUCUAUCUAGUUUUAACUUAGAUUAAUUGUAUGGUUGGUGGUAAUGGUGAUUCAAUAAAGUUAAUUUGGUAAAAA